AUGAAAAAAAGUUAUCUUUGGAUAAUUUACCGUAGAACAAAAUUUGUGUGGAAAGAUCAUUUAUUUUUUUGGCCCAAAUUAUAUAUGAAAAAUUGCGUGUAUAAUUUUUUAAAUAAUUAUUAUGAUAUAAUGAAUAAUGUAAAGAAUAAAAUAGAAUAUUAUUACUGUUUACCUACUAUUUUCCUGAAAAUUAUUUCUGUAUCAUGCUGUGAAAAUGCUUAUAAUAAUGAUAUUGAACCAACUUAUAAUUUAAAAAAAAAAAAAAAAAAUUUAAUAAGUGGGAACAAGAACUUUCAUAAACUAGCUGGAUAUGAACAUUUCUCAUUUGAAGUAGUUCUUUAUUAUAUUAAACAGACUGUAACAUUUCUUGUCUAUUUCCUUAUUCAUUUUUAUUUAUUUUUUUAUAAUACUUUUUAUUAUAUGACUAGUAAUAUAAUAACUAAAUCAUUCUUAGAAAUUUCAAACGAAAAGUACUAUUAUUCUACUUCCAUUCCGAAUAAUCUUUUUAACAGUUUUGUUACAAUUUACAAGAUGUAUGAAAAGAAUAAUUCAUUAGAUUUUAAAUUUAAGGUAGAUCACAUGGCAUUUUUGGGUUCAGGAUUCAUAUACGACAAACAAGGAUAUAUACUGACAGCUGCGCACAAUAUAACAAACUCAGCUGACACAUUUGUUAUAAAAAAUAAUGACGAUUUUUAUUUUGCAACAGUAUCCGGUUUACAUAAAGACUCGGAUAUUUGUGUUAUGAAAAUUAAUUCGGAGGAACAGUUUUCUCAUAUAUCUCUAGACUCUAGAAGAGAGGAUUUAAAGCAAGGGGAACCAGUAAUUGCAUAUGGACAAAUACAGAAUUUCGAUAAAGAAACGUACAGUAUUGGUGUAGUAAAUCAACCAAAGCAGACUUUUUCAAAAUUCGAAAACUUUAAUGAAAACAAGAAAGCAUGUUUAUACCCGUUUAUUCAAAUAUCCAAUCCUAUUAAUAAGGGCAUGUCAGGUUCACCAUUAAUAGAUCGGCAUGGAAAUCUCGUAGGAAUGAUACAAAAAAAAAUAGAUAAUUACGGAUUAGCCUUACCUUCACAUAUUUUAAAAAAUAUAGCUUUAUGUUUACAGCAUAGAGGAACAUAUGAGGAACCAUUUUUAGGAAUAAUAUUAAAGGGAGAAGAAUUGAGCACUAAGAAUAACCAAAAUAAUAAAACAGAAUUAAAAAUAUAUGACGUUUUAGCUAACUCACCGGCUCACACUAGCGGAUUAAAAAAAGAAGAUAUCCUUUUGAAGAUUAACAAUCUAAAUAUAAAUCAUAUAUGUCAAAUACAUGAAAUUCUUAACAGUACAUGUGAUGGGUACAUAAACGUUGAAGUUGUUCGCCAUAAAAAGAAAUUAAAAAUUAAAGUUAAACUAUAA